GGCGCUGGUUAAAUCGAACGAAAAAUUUAAUUAAGAACGAAAUUAUGAAAACGGAUUUUUAAAGCUAUUUAAUCGAUCGUUUAUCAAAUGUAAUAUAGUAUUUGUUUUAAUGUAACGAAUCGAAUAGUUAUUUUAAGAGGAUUACAUUAAUGUAGUGUUACGCCCUUCCUCGUAUAAGGGCACAAUCAUAUUUGUACGAUUUGAUUGGUUACUAUCCCACUCGAAAAAAAAGAUGGAUACGGAGAAGGUGGAUGCAUGACGUAAACAUCAUCUUUGCUAUAUAGCGUUACAGGAAUGUCGCUGGAUCAUAUGUUCUGUUCUCGAUGCCGAGAGGGCUUUGUGGCACACGAAAAGAUAGUUAAUUCUCAUGGCGAAUUAUGGCAUCCUCAGUGUUUCGUAUGUGCACAAUGCUUUCGACCAUUUCCAGAUGGAAUUUUUUAUGAAUUUGAAGGCUACAAAUAUUGCGAGCAUGAUUUUCAUGUUUUAUUUGCACCUUGCUGCGGCAAAUGUGGAGAAUUUGUCAUUGGUAGGGUAAUAAAGGCAAUGAAUGCAAACUGGCAUCCAGGAUGUUUUCGGUGUGAAGAAUGUAAUGGAGAAUUAGCAGAUGCAGGUUUUAUCAAAUGCCAAGGCAGAGCUCUUUGCCAUACCUGUAAUGCUCGUGUAAAAGCUGGUGCUCUUGGAAAGCAUAUUUGUCACCAAUGCCAUGGCGUUAUUGAUGAUAAACCAUUGCGUUUUCGUGGUGAAGUUUACCACCCAUAUCACUUUAAUUGCACAGCAUGUGGAAUAGAACUUAAUUCAGAUGCAAGGGAAGUUCGUUCUAGGCCAGGUUAUGCUGCCAAUGAAAUGAAUGAAUUAUAUUGUUUGAGAUGCCAUGAUAAAAUGGGCAUUCCUAUUUGCGGUGCUUGUCAUCGACCUAUAGAAGAACGUGUUGUAACUGCAUUAGGGAAACAUUGGCAUGUAGAACAUUUUGUAUGUGCAAAAUGUGAGAAGCCAUUCCUUGGGCAUCGCCAUUAUGAGAAAAAAGGUCUUGCAUAUUGUGAAACGCAUUAUCAUCAACUUUUUGGAAAUCUUUGCUUUGUGUGCAAUCAAGUUAUUUCUGGUGAUGUUUUUACAGCCUUAAAUAAGGCAUGGUGUGUUCAUCACUUUGCAUGUGCGUUUUGUGAUCAGAAGAUGAAUCAAAAAACGAAAUUCUUUGAAUUUGAUUUAAAACCCGCAUGCAAGAAAUGUUAUGAUAAAUUCCCCCAGGAACUAAAGAAGCGUAUGCGACGUAUGUACGAUUCAAAUCCCAAAAGGAUACCAGCUUAAUAUUUUAUAUCAGAUGGAAAAGGAAAAGAAAUUCUUCAUAUUUUCUUAACAUUUUCAUAAUAUUUUCCUGUCUUUAACUUCUAAUCUUUACAUUAAGGUGCCUUAUAAAACUACAGAUAAAAUUUGUUAUAUAUUGAACUAUAUUAUACUAAUUAUUAAAGGAUAAAUAUUGACAUACCA